AUGAACUACGAUGUUCUCACGAGGGUCCCCGUCAGGAGAAGAGAGGAGAAGGAAAACGUUAAGAGAAAAGCAUGUAGUGGAGGCAAUCUCAAACUGUCAAGAGAAGAACGUCAGAGAAUGUCAGCGAUCCGUAAAGGGGUACAGCGACAGCUGUUCCAAACCGAUGACGAACGACUUCAUGCCAUAGUGCACGUGGUGCGAGUUGAUGGGCGUAAGAAGAAGCGCCCGACGUUCUUCUGCCUAGCAGUAACAAUAGAGCACCCGAUCUCGGUUCGGUUAUAUUUUGUGAAAGGAGAAAAGGAUGACACUUUUAAAAAACGAACGAGGUUCUAUCUUCGUGACGUCAAGGAAGUGGAUGGGAUCAAUCCGAAGAAGGCACUGUCGGAAUUCCAUAUUGUGAUUGGCGAUCGUAAGUACAGCAUUACAGCAAGCACCCCUGAAGAAAAGGACGAAUUUAUUCGGGAACUGUAUAAGUUAUCUGCGCAAUAUCUUCCUGUGCAAAUGCCUGACUUUUGUAAUGUAUCUAUACCGAUCGACAACCGUGAGAUGUCCAUUCUUCCCAUAGAAACGGCAGACGAGGACAGCACGGAUUUCAUACAUGAUUAUCAGCCUGUCAGCGCCAAAGAGGAGGCUGAUUUUCGGCGUCUACUCGCGAAGGCUGAGCUCACCAUUGGGGAGGCGGACAAGUUUGCUGAGGUCCUGUCCUCUCAAUUGCAAUCACUUGAUGGAGCGAAUAUUCAGUCAAUGAUGGGAAGUGAGAUGGCAGUGAAUCAAUUAUUAACCCUUCUCGAUGGUGCUCUUGAUAAAGUGGCAUUGCUGGAAAAGGAGAUCGACACAUGCGAUGCAAUUCUUGCGCACGUGAGGAACAGCGUGGAACUCAUUGAAGAAAAGGAUAGUUUAUCUGCUGUUGAACGCAAGAACAAAGACAGGCUUCAGCAAGAGUUGACUGACUUCGUUUCUUCUCUGAACACUGUCACUGAUGAGCAUAUUCGAACUUUGAAAGAGGCAAAUUUGAACGAUGCGGGAAGUAUCGCCCGGUGUGCUGAAGCUGCACGUGCGGUUUCACAGUUCUGGAAUGGGUGUAUUUCCAAACCUCUUCUACAAAUGAAGGCCUAUGAGAAACGCAAUCGUGAUCUGGCUGUUAUAGAUUUGUUUGUGGACCGAUUUAUGUCUCACCUUUCGGCAAUAUUCAAUAACCUUAAUGACUUUUCUCUUGGCCAAGACUGGCAUGCUCUCUCGAUUCCGAAACAGUCGCAACGAUUCCAUGCACUGUCCCCUCUAUCAGACCUCAUCAGUUGGCUGAAAGCGAAUAGACCAACACCGUACAACGCGGCGAUCCAGAGAUAUAUUGAAGCAACAAAAAUACUAUAUAAACGGCACUUUGAGACAUUUUUCGAUGCUGUGAUUGGUGAGGUACAACGAUUGGGCUCAACAGAUAAGCGAUUAAAUUCGUCAAAUCUAUCUAGUAAAAGUUCCAUGGAUAAACAAAGCUUUUCAAUGAGUGAGCUUUCUGCUGAUUAUGCUCAGGUGUCAGCGUUAAUCGAAACUGUGCUUGGAGAAUUAGGCCCGAUUAUCGAAAUGGAGCAGAAAUUCUGUGUACGAUUUUUCCACAUUAAUUCGGAACUCCUUUCAAAUGCUGAAACGACAUCCACAGAUAGCGGCGAUAGUUCAAGUAUGAGCGGACGAAACAUGGAACGGUUUAUGAACGAGCAGGUCCGCGCGGUUAUGGCUCCACUGUUCGAAUCUUUGAACAGCCAUCUCGACCGAUUUUGCAAGGCUAUUUGCAAGCAAAAUCCGAGUAAUGUGAUGCUGCUGUUCAUCAUAAUGUCGAAGAAGGUCUUGCUUCCACAAGAAUCUGGGUCAUAUUAUUCUGUUACCUUUGGUACUUUUGUGGUGCUGAUAAAACGGCAACUCGAUCUUUACAUGGAAACAGAAGGCAUGGCAUUGUCCGAUAUAAAAAUCUCAAAGCGGAUGCGUCUUGGUAUUUUACCAACAAUCGAAAGAUUUGCCGAGUUUGUGAGGAACGCGGAAGCAGUAUUUGAAGGGGCCGAACGGCGAACGGAUCUGGAAAAGUGGUAUACACAUUUGUACCGAUGUGUUUGCGAAGGAAUAGAGAAAGCCGCGUCUAAUCCCAACAGCAAGUCGCCAACUGCUGUUGUCCGCUUUGAGAAUUAUCACCAGCUGUACUUGACUUUGUCAGAAUUGAAAAUCCCUUGCUUGGAUGCACAACGAAAGGAUGCGAAACGGGAAAAGGAGGAAAAUAUCGACUUGUACGUUAGGGAAUAUAUGGGUCGACCACUUGAGAAGAUUCACGUAUUUUUCGAUGCUGUCCAAAACGCCAUUGAAAUGCGAGGAACGAAGCCGGAAGAGAUUUCUUAUCAACCUCAGUUCAGUCGCAUUGAACUGAAGAAGGUGAUUGCCAUGUAUCCGGGUAAAGAAGUGAAGAAAGGAUUAGAACAGUUGUACAAGAAAGUUGAGAAGCAUUUAGUGGACCACUCUUCUUUGUUACAAGUCGUCUGGAGGGAAAUGCAGGAUCAGUUCCUCAAACAACUCCAAGGAUAUCAGCGGUUAAUGAGCGCUUGUUAUCCUGGUUCAAAACUCGAAUUGGAGGUGACCGUCCAAGAUGUUCUUAGUUACUUCUCGGAUAUUGCUCAACAGCAUUAG